GCUGAAGCCGCCACCGCAGGAACCUGGCGCUGCCGCCUUCGACUCGGGCGGCCAAAGACUGGAGGCGGAGGCGGGAGCGGAGCCGAGUGACGUGUCCCUGUCAUGGAGCUUAGCAUGAUUCAUCAACAGCCUCCGGAGCGGGCAGCCGGCGGUGCGAUGCUGCGCGCAGCCCCAGCUUAGAGAGGCCGAGGACCCACCAUUCUCCCCUCUGUUUCGACCUCCCGUCUUGGGUUUUUUCCCCUCCUGGCUGCUGAUUGAGGAUCCCCGACAGGGAUUUUUUAAAAAGGGCAAGAUGGAAGAAAUCCUGAAGAAGCUGCAGAAGGAAGCGUCGGGGAACAAAUACAAGGCGAUCAAGGAGAGCUGCACCUGGGCCAGUGAAAUUUUAGAAUCCCCAGAGGCUGCGACCAAGAUCCUUGCGUAUCAGCUAAGGGAGAAGUGUCUCCUUCCACUCCAGCUUGCUUUGGAAAGCAAGAACAUGAAGUUGGCCCAACAUGCUUUAGCAGGGAUGCAGAAGCUACUGUCUGAUGAGAGAUUUGUAACCAUGGAAACAGACUCUGAUGACAAGCAGUUGCUUAAUCAGAUGCUGAAUGCAGUCAGAGUGACUCCUUCCCUCAAUGAAGACCUACAGGUAGAAGUGAUGAAGGUCCUGCUCUGUAUAACAUACACUCCAACAUUUGAGCUGAAUGGGAGUUCAGUGCUUAAGAUUGCUGAGGUAUGCAUUGAAACGUAUGUCUCCAGUUAUCAUCAGAGGAGUAUUAACACAGCUGUGCGGGCAACCCUCAGCCAGAUGUUGAGUGAUUUGACUUUACAAUUACGCCAUAAACAAGAGAAUACUAUAGCUGAAGGUCAAGGAGUUUUUCAGGGGUGCAAGAGCCCAGAUUCUACUGCAGAGUCCCUUUGUGAUGAUGUUGUCUCUGUCUUCAUGGUUCUCUGUGAAAAACUUCAGACAGUCAUCAGUGAGAAUCAGCAGUUGCAGCUUCUCUUCCUGGAAUGCAUUCUCUCAAUGCUGAAUAGUUCCUCUCCUACUAUGCACCACCAUAAAGGAUUCACUGACCUCAUAUGGAAGCAGCUGUGCCCAGCCCUCAUAGUAAUCUUGGGAAAUCCAGUCCAUGACAAAACAAUCACCUCUGCACACAGCAACACUGGCCAUGAGGCUGAUUCUCCUUCCUCGGGGGUCUCUGAUCAUGGUCGAGGGUCAGGUUGCUCUUCCACCGCUCCUGCCCUUAGUAGUCCCGUUGCCCGGACAAUCUAUUACAUUGCUGCAGAGCUAGUUCGAUUGGUUGGGUCGGUGGAGUCCAUGAAGCCGGUACUGCAGUCUCUUUACCACCGUAUGCUGCUGUAUCCCCCGCCUCAGCACAGAGUAGAAGCUAUCAAGAUCAUGAAAGAGAUGCUUGGUAGUCCUCAGCGGCUCUGUGAUUUGGCAGGCCCCUGCUCCACUGAACCAGAAUCCAGAAAGAGGUCAAUUUCAAAAAGAAAGUCCCAUCUCGAUCUUCUCAAACUUAUCUUGGAUGGGAUGACUGAAGCCUGCGUGAAAGGUGGUAUUGAAGCAUGCUAUGCUUCGGUGUCCUGUGUGUGUGCCCUGCUUGGCACUCUAGAUGAGUUAAGUCAAGGGAAAGGCCUGGAUGAGGAGCAGGUCCAUCUGCUUCUCCGACGCUUGGAAGAAUUAAAGGAUGGGGGCGAGACAAGUAGAGAUUCCAUGGAGAUCAAUGAUGCUGAUUUUAGGUGGCAAAGACGUAUCCUGUCAUCAGAGCACACCCCCUGGGAUACUGGCAAUGAAAAGAGUCCUGAUAUUAGUAUUAGUGUCACAACAGAUACUGGUCAGACAACCUUAGAAGGUGAUCUGGGACAGACAACUCCAGACGAUAAUUCUGAAAUCUGUAAAAAUUCUAUACAGUCGCCAGCUGGACAAGUGGGUAAAGAAAUUCAUUAUAAAGAGCCAGAAUCAGAAACCGUUGACCAGCCAGAUGUUGUUCAACGGAGCCAUAUGGUUGUUUACCCAGAUAUAACUAAUUUCCUUUCAGUUGAUUGCAGGGCACGUUCUUGUGGAUCCAGGUACAGUGAGAGCAAUUUUAGUGUUGAUGACCAAGAUCUUUCUAGGACUGAAUUUGACUCAUGUGACCAAUAUUCUAUGGCAGCAGAGAAAGAUUCUGGAAGGUCAGAUGUUUCAGAUAUCGGUUCAGACAAUUGCUCAUUGGCUGAUGAAGAGCAGACCCCAAGAGACUGUACAGGGCACAAAUCUUUACGAACUGCUGCUCUUUCCUUGAAACUGCUGAAGAACCAGGAAGCAGAUCAGCACAGUGCCAGAUUAUUUAUCCAGUCCCUCGAAACUCUUCUGCCUCGACUCAUUGCUCUUCCUAAAGUAGAAGAAGUUGACUUAGCCCUCCAGAAUUUUGCUUCAGCUUUUUGUUCAGGUAUGAUGCAUGCUCCGGGAUUUGAAGGAAACACCAGCUUUAGCUUCCAGAGUUUGAUGAAUGCAGAUAGUCUGUAUAUGGUCUCUCACUACACUCUCCUGCUUAACCUGAAGCUGUCCAAUACAGAUUACUACCGAAAAAAGCCUGCCCAAUCCCCUGCAUUAAUGAGAUCUCUGAGGAAAAGCAACAUGCCCAGCAAUGCUGUGCAAGCUGAACUGUGCUGUUCUGUUCUGCAGAAGGAGUUUAUGAAGCAGGUCCAAUCCAGUGGAGUGUUGAUGGUAUUUUCUCAGGCUUGGGUUGAAGAGAUUUACCAUCAAGUACUGGAGAGAAAUCUUCUUGGCGAGGCAGGAUACUGGGGAAGUCCUGAAGAGCACAGCCUCCCACUCAUCACCAUGCUGACUGACAUUGAUGGUUUGGGAAGCAGUACAAUAGGUGGGCAGCUAAUGGCUUCUGCGUCCUCGCAGUCUCCUCUCAGCCAAACCCGAAAGCCGGAUGAUGCAGUUAUGGCAGGUGUCGCUUUUGCUCGAUACCUAUUAAUUGGCUGCUGGAAGAAUUUGACAGAUACCUUAUCUACACCUCUGACUGGACGCAUGGCAGGAAGCUCCAAAGGAUUAGCAUUCAUUCUAGGAGCUGAAGGAGUCAAGGAGCAGAACCAGAAAGAGAAGGAUGCCAUCUGCAUGAGUCUGGACGGACUGAGGAAGGCAGCCCAGCUUAGCUGUGCUUUAGGGGUUGCUGCUAAUUGUGCAUCUGCCCUUGCUCAGAUGGCUGCUGCUUCAUGUGUUCAGGAGGAGAAAGAGGAAAGGGAGGCCCAAGAACCCAACGAUGCCAUCGCUCAAGUGAAACAGAAAGUGGAGCAAAAACUGGAGCAGAUGGGGAAAGUGCAAGGGGUCUGCCUCCACACAGCCCACGUUUUGUGCAUGGAUGCCAUUCUUCAUGUGGGAUUGGAGAUGGGAAGCCAUAAUCAAGACUGCUGGCUGCACGUAUUUAGGGUUUGUGAGUACAUUAGCACCCUGGAACAUGCUCAUUUCAGUGACGGGACAUCUCAGCCACCUGUAACUAUUACCCAGGUUCAACAGGCCACAUCAGGGCUGCAGGGAGAAGUUCAGUGUACAGACUCAGUCCAGGAACUGACUGUGGAGCAAGAGUCAAUGCUGAGGAAUAAUCCUGUCAUCCAGCCAGUUUCCAUUCAGGAGCUCAUCAAAGAAGGCAGCAAGGGAAGAGCUUUUGAUUUUCGUGGAGGCAGCCUGAUGAGUGGAAGUGGUGCUGCCAAGGCUAUUCUCACACUCUCUACCCAGGCUGACAGGCUAUUUGAAGAUGCUGUUGACAAACUGAACCUGAUGGCAUUGGGAGGUUUCCUGUAUCAGCUGAAGAAAGCCUCUCAGUCCCAGCUCUUCCACUCAGUUACAGACACCGUUGAUUACUCCUUGGCAAUGCCAGGUGAAGUAAAAUCCACCCAAGACAGAAGAAGUGCACUCCACUUGUUCCGUCUCGGAGGGGCCAUGCUCCGAAUUGUAAGGAGUAAAUGCCGUCCUCUGCUCCAUCUUAUGCGCUGCUGGAACUUGGUGGCACCACACCUAGUGGAAGCUGCCUGUCAUAAAGAAAGGCAUGUUUCUCGGAAAGCUGUCUCUUUCAUCCAUGACAUCCUAACUGAGGUUCUGACAGACUGGAAUGAGCCCCCUCAUUUUCACUUUAAUGAGGCGCUGUUCCGCCCCUUUGAGCGUAUCAUGCAGCUGGAACUCUGUGAUGAGGAUGUCCAGGACCAGGUGGUUACAUCGAUAGGGGAGCUGGUGGAGGUGUGCUCAACUCAGAUCCAGUCCGGAUGGAGGCCGUUGUUCAGUGCACUAGAAACUGUGCAUAGUAGCAGCAAGUCAGAGGUUAAGGAAUACCUUGUCGGAGAGUAUUCACUGGGAAAAUGCCAGGCUCCUGUGUUUGACGUCUUUGAAGCAUUUUUAAAUACAGACAACAUCCAGGUCUUUGCAAAUGCAGCUACCAGUUAUAUUAUGUGCCUUAUGAAGUUUGUCAAAGGAUUGGGGGAGGCGGAUUGCAAGGAGAUUGGUGAUUGUGUACCAGGAUCAGGAUCCAUGUCUACAGACUUGUGCCUUCCUGCUCUUGAUUACCUCAGGCGGUGCUCUCAGUUGCUUGCAAAAAUCUACAAAAUGCCCUUGAAGCCUAUUUUUCUCUGUGGGAAACUUGCUAACUUACCCCAAAGAAUACAGGAACAAUCUGCAAGCAGUGAAGAUGGCAUUGAAUGUGUCCUUUCUGAUUUUGAUGAUGACACAGGCCUUAUUAAUGUCUGGAUCAUUCUGCUUGAAGAGUUGACAACUGCCAUAUCCAACUGCCCCCGUCAGCACCAGCCUCCCACCCUGGAUCUGCUCUUUGAACUAUUGAGGGAUGUUACCAAAACACCAGGUCCUGGAUUUGGAAUUUAUGCAGUUGUGCACCUUCUGCUCCCUACAAUGUCCCUUUGGCUUCAUCGCAGUCACAGCGAUCAUUCUUACUGGGAUGUGGCAUCUGCUAAUUUCAAGCAUGCUAUUGGCCUUUCUUGUGAACUAGUAGUGGAGCACAUUCAAAAUUUCAUACAUUCAGAUAUUGGCUAUGAGAAUAUGAUCAACACAAUGCUCAAAGACCUCUUCAAGUUACUAGUAGCUUGUGUGGCAGAACCCACAGAAUCCAUCUCUAGAGUUGGGUGCUCCUGUAUCAGAUAUGUUCUAGUGACAGCUGGUCCUGUUUUUACAGAAGAAAUGUGGAGGCUGGCAUGCUGUGCACUACAGGAUGCCUUCUCAGCUACUCUCGAACCAGUGAAGAAUCUGUUGGGCUAUUUCCACAGUGGCUCGGAAAACUUCAGUGGGGAUGCCUGUGAGGUGAAAGUGGCAGCUCCUUCCCUCUCUCCUAGCGCUGAAGCUGAGUAUUGGAGAAUACGAGCCAUGGCCCAACAGGUGUUCAUGUUAGACACUCAGUGCUCCCCCAAAACUCCAAACAACAAAGAAGGAUUUGAACAUGCUCAAUCCUGUGUGCUUAUAAUUGAGUUGCCCCCUGACAAGAAGCCCAAUGGCCAUACACAGAAAAGUAUUCCUUUCAGAACAAUUGUAGUGAGCCUGUUGUCCCACCAAGUGCUGCUGCAGAAUUUAUAUGAUGUUUUGUUGGAAGAGUUUGUGAAAGGGCCCUUGCACUCUGAAGAGAAGACAGCACAACAACUGCCGGAAACCAAACUGACUGGCUUCCUCAGGUACAUUUCUAUGCAGAAUUUGGCUGUCAUCUUUGACUUACUGCUGGAUUCCUACCGAACAGCCAGAGAGUUUGAUACAAGGACUGGGUUGAAGUGCCUGCUCAAAAAGGUAUCUGGCAUUGGUGGAGCUGCCAACUUGUAUCGCCAGUCAGCAAUGAGCUUCAACAUUUAUUUCCAUGCCUUGAUCUGUGCUAUCAUGACCAACCAGGAAAACAUCACUGCAGAACAGGUGAAGAAAAUCCUCUUCGAAGAUGAUGAAAGAAGCACUGAUUCGUCCCAACAGUGCUCUUCAGAAGAUGAAGACAUUUUUGAAGAGACGGCUCAAGUAAGCCCACCGAGGGGGAAGGAGAAGAGACAAUGGAGAGCCAGGCUGCCCUCUCUGAGUGUCCAGCCAGUCAGCAACGCAGACUGGGCUUGGUUAAUCAAAAGGCUUCAUAAACUGUGCAUGGAGUUAUGUAACAACUAUAUUCAAAUGCAUUUGGAUUUGGAAAAUAGUGCAGAUGAGCUCCCGAUCUUCAAAGGAGAGCCCUUCUUCAUUCUUCCAUCCUUUCAGUCUGAAACAUCCACCCCAUCUACUGGAGGACUCUCUGGGAAGGACACCCCUUCAGAAGAUGACAAAAGUCAGAUUAGGGACUCACUUACAGAGAACAUCUCUCCUAAGGGAGGAAGUGGAGAUAUACUGCUGCUUCCACCCUUGAGCCCCAAAACAGAGAAGAAGGACCAAGGCAGGAAAAAAGAGUGGUGGGAGAGUGCUGGCAACAAAAUCUACACCAUCGCCACAGACAAAACCAUAUCAAAGCUAAUGACAGAAUAUAAGAAAAGGAAACAACAGCAUAACCUGGCCAAUUUCACCAAAGAGAUGAAAGCAGACAAGAAAGGGGACCCUCUCAGCACAAGAGGACCAGAUUCCCCCCUCCCACAAAGGCCUCAAAAUCUGGUUGAUCAAGGCCAAAUGCGACACUCCUUCAGCGCAGGGCCAGAGAUUUUGAGACAAGAGAAGAGGCCGCGCUCUGGGUCAAUGGUCAGUUCACUCAACAUAUCUGUCCGGGAUGGUGAGGCACAAAUACAGGCAUGGACCAACAUGGUAUUGACAGUUCUUAACCAGAUUCAGGCCCUUCCAGACCAGAUCUUCACAGCUCUCCAGCCAGCAAUGUUCCCCUGCAUCAGUCAGCUGACUUGUCAUGUGACUGACAUUCGGGUUCGUCAGGCUGUGAGAGAAUGGCUGGGAAGAGUGGGAAGAGUGUAUGACAUUCUUAUGUAGUAGACACUGCUUGCAUUACCAACUAGAGAAUGAAUAUAAGACGCUACGAGGUGUACAAAUCAAAUGCAGUUACUGAAAGUUACCUAUUAAAAAUGAUAAGAGGGAUGUACAUGUAACUAUUUGCUGGUCAUUGGUAACUAGCAACUUCUGUUACAUGCUGUUAACUGCUUAAGAGCACAAUUCAGUCUUGCUCAAGUCUAUAAGAGCAUGUGAUAACCACAGUGUGCUUAUACAUCAAGUAUCACAAAAUAAUACUGCAUAUUAAAUCUGCACAUACUAUUAAAUCAGGCUGAUACAUGAAAACCCAGCAGAUUUUAUAUUGCAUAUUUUUCAAAGGGUGAAAAAGAUGGAAGUGUUUCUCUGCAGGAAGAAAGGGAAUGGAAGUUGCAGUAGAAUGCAGGUAGCAUAAAAUAGACACCUACAUAAAGUAGGCUUGGCAGGAAACAGCCAAACUGAGGGCCUACUUUUUCAAACCUUCAGUGUUGUCAAUAUUUUCCUAUUCCACUGCAUUUCUGUCCUCAGAAACUCAAAAGGCUUGCAUCCAGAAUUUACUUGAGAGUACAAUGGAUGCUUUGGUGUCUUUAGUAUAGAACCUCCUUGUGCCCCAAAAUCUGUCAGACUGACAUUUGAAAGCAUCUGCAUUCAUAUAGAUGAUGGGAGAAUCAUUCAAUAAAUGUAAUAAGCUAGGCCAAUUAUUUCUAACAAAUUUUUUUUCUUGUAAAGCAUGAAAUGAAAAAUAGACCAUCCAAAUUCCAAAAAUUGAACACAUUUUCAAGAUUCACAAUGCAGGUUUAAUUUUCUGUCUCACACUGGGAUGGGGAUCAGCUGUGUGUUGGCUUCUGAGGCACUUCUAACGUGAUUUUGUGUCAUCCUAGCGGUAGGUGUGGUAUGGUAUGACAUGGCAGGAGCAGCUUGCCUGGCGGGGCAGAGCAGGGGAGUCGAUGCUGCUUACUGGGAGAGGGAGAGGGGAGGCAGUAGUGUGGUUGGGGAGACAUGGGUGCACCAGCACAGCCAAUGUGCCCCUCCCUCUGGUGCUCCCACACAGCCCUAACCUGACCUCUCUGGCUCCUCCUCCCAAUAAAUGAUAGCAAUGCUCCUGCUGGAGGCUAUUCCUGCACCUAACUGCCCCACCGGAGGAGGCGCUACUGUGCCAUGGUGCUGAAAGUCUCCAGGCCCUGUAAACAGCCUCUCUAGGGAUGGGUUAGUUAAUUCUGUGCAAGGAAAGCCAUGCCAAAAGCCAUAGACCUUGUUUGAAGGUGACCCAAAGGUCCUUAGGCAAGGAAAAGGUGAUCAUAUAUAGCUAAAUAUAAAGCAGCAAUUUAACUGUUUUCUGUGACAACUACCUUGCCCCAUCCCUACAUUUUAGAUGAACAUGUCAUACCAUUGACUACUGUCCCAGAAUUUCCUAUUUUCAGUCUCUGUGGCCGUCUGUCUUUGUUUUACCUCUCUUCUUCAUGAAAAGGAAUAAAUCCCUAAUUUAGGUUUGGAAGGUGGCACAUUUUAUCCUUUCAUUCAUCCUGUGAGGUAGGCUACUUUGAGAAAGGGUAACCAGCCUUCAUGGCGGAGCAAGGAUUGAUCGGAGACCUUCCAAGUAUAACAUCAUCCACUAUCCACACUUCUUCUUUUAAAUCCUUUUUCUUAAGCCAAGCUAACAUACCCAGCCAAAUAUACAGGCCAUUAAUUAGAAAAGGGUCUAUAAAAUAUGUGUGUAGCCACCGUUAUUUAUUAUUUAAUUUGCUACACUUGUAUGCUACCUUUCUCCCACUGCAUUCAAGCUGGUUCAUAAUUUAAAAGAAUGCCUUGCAAUUUAAUAGAUACAAUACAAAAGAGAAAGGGAACACACGAAGAGAAAAAUAAGCAAAUUAAAAUAGUGUACUCACACCGUGAGCCAGUUCUCGGAGAGAAGAAACCUAAUGGCAGUUGGUCCUAGCCAGUUUUAUUUUUUUGUUUUGGUAAAAAUGAGGUGCCAGUAUUCAUAUUAAAAAGUGCUGUGGGUGCCAGCACAAAAUGGCUGCAUCUGGCAGCAAAAAAAGAGGUGACGAUACACCGUAGCAUCACAGAAAAAGUACUGGUCCUAGCCUAGGUAAUGGAGAACUACUUGCUAUCUCACUUCUGCCUCUGAUGUAGAAUGGGAGCAACUCCUAUGGUGGGAGGAGCUAGUUAGGAGCUUGUCCCAGAUGAGCCUAUGGAGAGAGGCCUUGCUGUCACUCCUCCCUGGAGCAACCAGGUGGAGCGGCUGUUUCUAGUUCUAGGAGGAGAGUCAAUAUUUGGCCUCACACAAUAGAGAGGGCCUUACAUCUUAAUUACUUCUAAAACUCAGUAGCUAGCUCUCACAUCCAUGUGGCACACGGGCAUACACACGCUUCUCACAUGCCCUGUGGAUCAGACUGAUUCCUACAGUCUCUACACCCUGUUUCUGAGGUCAUUAUUGACAAACCUGACCCAACUGUACAGGUAACCAUUGCAACUAUGGGUGUUUUUUAAGAACCCCAACAGAGUAGCCUAUGAUCCUCAUCUCAGGAUUGCUUGCAGUGCCAGGGAAAACUUUGAGGACAACUUUUGGAUGGUGUAGCGCAGCUUCUUGCACCGACCCUGAUUAUUGUUCUCAGUAAUUGAAUUUAAAAGUUGUUAGAUCCUUCAUCAGCCUGGUUUAUGAUGCAUUGCAGUUUGCCCUGGGGAAGAAGUCAUUUCCCUUACAUCUCCCUCUUUUUUGUUAAGUUAAUAGAAGACUAUGAAUGUACAUGUUCUAUCAGCUGCUGAACCUUGUGACUAUCUAAUGCAUAUUAUGGAAUUCUUUGUCAAAGAAGCUGCUGCUGUGCCCGAAUUUGAUUGUUUUGUUCUUUUAUUUGGUUUUCACUUUAAAUAUGCAGUGUUUCUAUGGCUCUCUUUGUGAAGUUGGAAUUUUUUAGGGGAACAUUUUCAAGUGGUGCACACCUACAUUGUUUGUUAGUUGGAUUUUAUAUGCAAUUCUAGCUUGUUGCUAUAAGCUUUUAUUUAACAGAGUAAUUAAAUAGAGGGACAGACAUACCACACUCAGGACUUCUGCUUCCAUUCUACUGAAUGCCAAAAAAUUUUCCAAGAUUGAAAACAUAGCUUUUUUGUUGUUACUCUGUACGGAGAGGCUUAUGUUACAUGUGAGCCAGUACUGUUAAUUGCGCAUGUUGGGAAGACAAGUGUGGUAUGAGAAGAUUUUAUAGCCAUUGUUAGAGGAGAGGCAAAAGUAAACUAUUGUUACUCAAGGAGACAAGGCAUUACGGCUACCAAGUAGAAAGGCCACUUUAAAGCAUUCAGCAUUGCAGCUGUCGCCCAUGUGGGUCAGUUCUUUUCUGUCCAGCAGCUUACUAUGGAGAUCAGGGUGUUUGCACACUGCGUAAUUUCUUUUUUAUAUAUAUUACCGUAAACCGAGCUAUAGAAGCUGGCCUUUGACAUACACGUGAAGUGGGGGGGGGAGGAGAGAGAGAACAGGACAGAAGCUCCACGUUUUGAAGACCACCAAGGGGUCAUGGAUUAGGCAGGUGAAGCUGAAGGGGCAAAUGGAAACUCAGUUUGAUGGCCUGUGCCACAGAAUGCAGUAACAUUGUUAGGAAUGGAAUGGGUUUUCUUAGCUGACUUUGAAAACUUGCCACAGCCUGAUAAUGAAAUAAAUGUCGCAGACUUAGAAGGCAAUUGCCAAACCAGCCACAUACUGCAAAGGUGAGUCCAAUGUGAAUAGUGAUGUCCAUAUUGAGCUUCAUUCCAUGCUAGCAAAUAGUUUCCUAUUCACUUCAAUGGAGGGAGCCAUUGCACUUUAUGUGCACACUGGCAGAGCUGUACCUUCUACUGUUAUGACUCAGAAAGUUCUUUGUGGCAAGGCUUAAGUACAUAGGAGCUCACUGAACUUUUGCUUUCUCCCACCCCAUCUCAAAAAGGGUGAUAUCAGGCAUAGGAUAAUCAGGUGCCUAUGCCCUACAAGACGUGUAUUGUGGAAGGUAAAAGUUUGCACCAUUUCACCAUGCAAAGGCCUGCUGAUCAUAUGAAGUGGUCGGCAUAGGGUGGAACUUGCACAUCACAAAAAUCAGAAUGGCAGCUCUGUGUCAAGGUCAGUCCUCUACCACCAUACUGCGUAGUGCAAUUUCUCUUGUGUCCAGGCAUCACUACUAUAUGAGUAUUUUUCUGCUAAGAGCUGCAAGUGCUUGGGGGCAAAAUUGAGACAAUGCUCCAAGUAGUAACUUAAGGGCUGGAGUUAACACAUUUUGAAGGAGAAGCCUUAGUGCAGGGCUGUCAUUUUGGGGUUUGUUUAAAUAUAGUUCCAUCCAUAGAAAACAUUCCAUCUUAACUAAAAGGGAAAAGAUACCAUACUAAAUAAUUGCAACAUCAUUCUUAGAGCAACAAAGCUGCUUAUUUAUAUGGCAAGGAUAUCUUCCAGCGCUGGUUACUGUUCACCAUAUGAAAUAUGGUGCCAAGCUAAAUGGAUAAAAACCACUUUUCCCACUAUUGCAGUGAAAUGAAAGACCCAAAGGACCAUUUGUUCUCUUAUGCCAAAGCUAUGACCCGCUUAAAAGUGAAUAUAACCAAAACAAAAUUGACUUGUAAAAAUGAUGACUUUCCUUAACAAGUCUUGCUCCAUUUCACAUGUAGGUAGGAAAUCACAAGAAUCCAAAAUAUUUUGAAGGCUGCAAAUAAAUAAACCCAGACUUUUUGUUCUGUUAGAUGGGCGUAGCCUUUUGCAAGUGCAAUUCUGUAAGCCCUGAAGGCCUGCAAUUUGGAAUGAGGUUAGCAGCAAGGAACAACCAGGAGAGAUGCAGUGGAGCAGUGGGCGGUCCCCUUGGCUUCAUGUCACUACACUCUGUAUGGAGUGGCCAUACAAAGUCAGCUUAUGCCUACACAACUACGAAUACCUUUAAACUGUCUUUGAAUCCUGCCCUAUCUUUCCUUGUGCUAUUAAAUUAAAAUGACUUCCUAGUCCUCCUUCCCCCUUUUUUUGUGAACCAUGUUUGUUUAGUUUUUCCUGUAUCUAUGUUCAGCAGUUCGUUGUAAGUCAUUUUGCAAAACGUAUUUUGUGUAUAUUUUGUUCAAAGGGAAUUCUUAAAGGAAGAUAUUUUAAAA